UUAACAAAUUUGUAAUACAAGGCUCUAUUGGAUGUGAAAGGAGAGAGGGAUGAGAGAGUGUGUGUGAGUUAUAAACAUUGAACACAAAAUUAUAUCGUUUAUACAAAAAUCGUUUGCAUGUAUAAGCAGUUUGACUACAAAACUACAUAACAGUCACAUCACUGUCUAAAUGGGUGUGAAUUAAGCGAAAUUAAAUUUUUCCGAUGAUAUAAACCAUAUAUUUUGGCAGUAGUUUUGCAAUAUUAUCAACAAUACUAUCUCUGUUUGAUGUGCGGCUGUUUUGCUGGUAUAUCCGCGGACUUGAACUGAAUUAACCCUAAUAUUGUGGUCAAUACAAUCGCAAACAUGUCGACCACCGACGGCAGAAAUAAGGAUGAGAUUAUACCCAUGUAUGAAAGAAAUCCCAACGAUGAUACUGGUAACGACGAUGGCGUUUGUGCCCUACUAUUGACAGUGAUUUCCAUAUUCUUCAUUGCCAUCACUUUCCCACUUUCGCUCGUAUUCUGCAUCAAAGUGGUCCAGGAGUACGAGAGGGCAGUUAUAUUCCGUUUGGGGCGAUUAGUGAAGGGCGGCGCCAAAGGACCGGGACUUUUCUUCAUUAUCCCCUGCAUUGACAACUAUCGGUGUGUAGAUCUCAGGACUGUGUCAUUCAAUGUUCCGCCGCAAGAGAUCCUAUCGAAAGACUCGGUGACCGUCAAAGUGGACGCCGUUGUCUACUAUCGCAUCUCCAACGCCACGAUCGCCAUCUGCAACGUCGAGGACUACUCCAUAUCGACCCGUCUGUUGGCCGCCACCUCUUUGCGCAACAUUUUGGGCACAAAGAACUUGUCGGACAUAUUGGCCGACAGAGAGUCCAUUUCCCACAAUUUGCAGGCGACGCUCGACGAGGCGACCAAUCCAUGGGGUGUUAAAGUGGAAAGGGUUGAGAUCAAAGACGUCGGACUUCCCGUUCAAUUGCAGAGAUCGAUGGCGGCGGAGGCCGAGGCGACCAGAGAUGCCAGGGCUAAGGUGAUCGCCGCUCAGGGCGAGCAAAACGCCGCGCGUGCCCUCAAAGAGGCGGCCGAAGUGAUCAGCGAAUCGCCGGCCGCUCUUCAGCUCCGGUAUCUCCAGACACUCAAC